AUGACCAUUGAAUUGAAUACGCUGAGCUACUUGCUUCUCACCACGAUCAUCAGUGCAGCGUCUUUUAUUGCCAUUCAAAACGGAAAGCAUCCUGAUAUUCAUCCGUCUGUCCUGAACAAACAAAGCGAGUAUGCAACGCUGAGAUAUCCAGGAGAAAGUGCUGCCAUCAAAUCAAAUGCGCUUCCGAAUGGUCCUCCCUUACUGACCACCAGAGAUCGAUCCAUCAGGACUCUGAGCGAACUGUAUCAAGUUGCGCUAAACAAACACAAAGGCAAACAAUUUAUAGGAGCCCGAGACUCGACCAGAAAGAGCGUUGUUUGGCAACUCUAUGAUGGAGCAUAUGAAAAUAUACAGCACAUCUUUUCUGGGCUCAUCUACAAAGCCAAGCUGGAGGCGAGCACCGAAAAGGAAUCAUCCUUUGUGGGAAUAUACGCCUCCAGUUCCCCAGACACGUUUUGGAUUGAAAUGGCUUGUCACUGGGGUGGUCUGGUGACAAUACCCAUAGCCGCUCAGGCCACAUCAUCACAUAUAGUCCAUGUGAUCCGCGAUACAAAGCUCACUACAUUGGUGAUUGACAAAACUCACCUAGAGUACGUUUUGCGCUUGGUGGAAGGAACAAGUGUAAAGCAUAUCAUUGUGCUGGGGGAAGAUGCAGACUAUGAAGAGCAAGAAAAGUACUUUGGACUCUGUGUUACCAGCUUCAGCCAAUUGCAAACUUUAGGAAAUGAGCAUUUCGUUGAUAGAUCAGAGAAAUCAACAAAUGACUCCAUCGCCAGCAUAUACUACAGCACGAAUCCACAGAAAAAUAUUCCAGAUGUCAAUGACCCACAGGAUGACAAAUUACUUGGGGUUGUCUUGACGCACAAGAACCUAAUUUCCGCCAUAUCAAGCAAUCUCGGUCAUACGCCAAUGAGUCACAAGUUCACGUCAAAAGACACCCUGAUGCAUAGUUUUGCAAUUGAUAAUGUGCUGGGCUACGUACUACAAGCUGCGAUAUGCUUUGUGGGAGGAUCCAUAGGUUUCGAGGAUAAAGUCUUGCUAAAUGAAUUCAAUCUAGAUGUUGGCUCUGUUUUGACGGCAAUCAAGGAGGUGAAGCCAACAAUCUAUGCCAGUGGUGGUCCAUUUCUAAAGCAGGUACGGAGGCUAAUCCUUGGGAAAUAUGGCAAUUCCUUCUUAUUUCAACGAGGUCUGGAUAGAAAAGACAGAUAUCAUAAGGAAGGCAAACUUGUUUCUGAUUGCAAAUACGACAUGCUUGUAUUUCGAUACAUCAGACAGCAGCUCUUUGGUGGCCAAAUGCGCAUGCUGUAUCUGGAUAAUGAUGAUGCUCCCAAAGUAGAUCUUGGGUCAUUCUAUAGGUCCAUUCUAGGUGCGCAGGUACUCAAGACUUUCAGUCGGCCGGAAACCAGUUCUAGUAUGAUGACAACUAUCGUUUUUGAUUACGCUCUGGAUAAGAGAGUGGUGGGACCACCGCUAGCUUCGAUACACGCCAAACUGAUCGACAAGAAAGAGAAGGGGUACACAGCAGAAGAUUUACCAAAUCCGAGAGGCGAGAUUCAUGUCAGUGGCAGCACGGUGUUUGCAGGCUAUUGGAAUAAACCACUAGCGACAGUGGAGGUCGUAGAUUCUGAUGGAUGGUAUUCAACAGGAAUGAUUGGUGAGCUAUUGCCUAACGGCAGUAUUUUGCUUUUGGAGCCGUCAAAGUAA